AUGGGCGGAGAAAAAAAAAAACGCAACUCCACCGUUGCACCUAUCUUCCGACAGAGAGGCGAGCAGGCCCGGGCGCCAUCUUCUGAACACUCACCGCCCGAUUCUGACUCGGAGAUGGGCAGCCAAACGGCCCCGGAUCAAUCGGAGGCACCACUAACCCGGCGGGACAUGCAGGGGUUCAUCGCCGACUUCGGAAAAACGGUCGCGGAUGAGCUGGAUAGAAAACUUGGCCCAAUUAUGGAGAGAAUGGCGGACCUGACAGCUCGCACACAGGCCACAGAGACUAAGAUGGCGGAAGCAAUGGAGACCGUGCAGGCCCAAGGCGGGGAGCUACAAGACCUACGCGAACAGCUGCGCUCACUAGAGGAAUACAAUGAAGAUCUAAACAACAGAACCCCGCAGGAAUAA